AUGGUGGGAAGAAGAAGAAGCAGAGCGGCCCCAGAGCCAGCUCAUACUCCCAGUACCUCGACACGAUCCUCGCGCAAUACCUCCGACUUCAUUCAUGAAAGUCCCCGCAGAAGAGGUCGCUGGGCAGGCCGGACGAGCCUCCCUGGACACUCUGCGCCGGAGACACCGGCAUCGAGCAGGUCUGAGCCUCGCUCGCACAUUAUCAAAUUCAAAGUGCCCUCACUUCAGGCCCUUCGGACCACGUCUCCGGAAGCUCCCUCUGAAGACCAGGAGCCUGCGUCGUCGACUUCUUCGGGUGACACGCAAAACCCAGAGACGCCGCGCCCCCGGCGCUCAAGCUCUUCGCGCACCACACGCCAGUCGGCAAGAUUGAAGGCUCCCGACGACCCGUCUUUUGAACAGCCAACUCCGACCAAGACUGCGGAACCGGCGAGUCAACCGGAAGAGGCAUCUUUUGACUCUGCCCCUAAUCCCCGGGAAGAAGACAUCACCACACAGUCACAUAUUCAAAAGAUGUCUCACACCCCGGAAGCCCCGGACCAUGCAUCUCAGCCCGUAUCGCCGGGAGCGACCGAGAUCCAGCCUGCCGAAGCGGUCGCAGAAAGCCAUGAAACGGGCGAUUUGAAGAUGUCUGUGCAGGCCUCGAACGACCUUUCUGCCCCCAACAGCCCCAAAUCGACUGCUCACGACAUUGCUUCAACCUCACUGGAUUCUCCCCGCUUGUCCCGCAAGCGAAAAUCAACUGAGAUGAAGCAUGAAGCCGUCGACGCAGAGACUGCUGAAUUCCCCGAAGCCAAGAAGCCUCGGCUUGACGACGGGGAAACUCAGUCUGAAAAUGCUGCGCAGAAUGGAGUCGAGACCGAGACCUCGCUUGAAUCAUCUCCCGACGAUGCCGGACUCGCUGCUGCCGAUGAGUAUGACCCCGGUCCUGUGAGUGCUACUUCUUUCGGACGAGGCCGUGGGGGUCGCGGAAGCCGCGCGCGAGGACGUGGCCGCGGCCGCGGUCGUGGAGGCCGUGGCGGCACAACCACCGCGCCCGUCCGAGGAGGAAUUGCCAAGCGUGGAGGGACUCGUGGACGUGGCCGGGCAGCUCGCCAAGCCGCCGCUUUGAAACGGGGCAAGAAGAUCGAGGAUGAGAUCUGGGAUAGCGAGACCUGGCGGCAGCGCACCCCGUCACCUCCCCCGGCCUUGCAGCCGGUGAGAAACCGAAAGGAUGAGUUGGCGGCGUUUUUCAAGAAACUUGGACAGGUGCAACAGGUCUCGUUGACUGUUGUGGCAGAAAACUCCACCCAGAAGGUGUCUCGCGACAAGACCUCCUACGAAGAUUGCCCGGAGUACUUGCAGCUACAGCGAGAUCUUGCCGCCCGCGAAAAGAAAGUGCUCGAUCGAUUGCGCGCUGAACGUGAUCGGAAAAUUAAAGCGGACAAGAGAGUCACGGAAGGUAAAGUCUUCUCGAUCAAGAACAUGACGGAGUUUGAACUCGGGGAAAUCAAGGAAGAAACCCUCUAUGCGGCCAAGGGCAGCUACAUGGCUCUGGUCCAAGGGCAACGAGCGGUCGAGGACGAUGAGCAUACCGAGACCGAUGGCUCCGACUCCGAUUCUGAACCGAAGCAGUUUUUGUUCCGGACUACCAAACGCGCCAUCAGACAGGUUGAGCGCGGAUUCACCUCGAAGGCUGUGCGGAAUCCUGAAGGCGCGGCAGCGUACAUUCGUGGCAAAGAAGGCUGGGACGAAUUUGUUCAAAAAGCUCGCUUGGGUGAAGAUCUCGAUCCGCAGAUGAAAGCGCUGGACAAGGCGCGUGAGCCCACCUGGUUGGCCCAUGUCGAACAAAUCUUUGACAGUUUGUUGUUUGCCGCCAAGGUAAUCGGCGAUUCGGACAGUCGCCCAAUGAUGAUGUCUUACGACGGUGCGGCCGACAUGCGACUGGAGCCAUUCCCUCAAGCAUUGACAGCGCUGGCGGAUGCCGCUCUGACGGAGCGCCCAACGACUCUGCCCCAGAUCCUUACCGAUGCCAAUGCGGGUCCGCAUCGACCUAUCUUUCCACCAUCUCAAGUCCCUCCUCCGACCAUGGCCGCUGGCCCUACUGACCCCCGAUCAUUCAUCCUUCCUCGCCCGACCCCUACCCAGCAACCUCGACGUCUUCUCCCUGCACGGCACCAAUUGGGACUCCCAGACCCGUUCUCAAUGAAUGGACCGCCGCAACUCCCGCCGCCGCCCGGCUCUAACUUCCAGCGUCUGCCUCUUCCCGGUUACCUGCCACCUCCGGGGCCACCAGGGCCUCCCGGACCUCCAGGACCUUCACUCUAUUUUCCUGCUCCACCGGGAUCUCACCCUCCGCCUCCUCGUCGGUAUUGA